AUGACUAAAGCAUCAGCGAUUUAUCAAUUGGGUCAUUUGCCCAUCAAAGAUCAUGUUUUCUCACCGGAUAGAACGAUCUUGGCGGUGACCAAAGAGAAUGAGGUUGAGAUUUAUAAGAUUAAUCCAGCUAGGCUUAGCGACAAGCCCAAAUUGGUUGCGAAUUUAAGAGAUCACGACAAAACGGUGACGUCAGUUGAUAUCUCUCCUGAUGGGUCGAGAGUAUUGACUUGUUCUCAGGACAGAAAUGCGCUUGUUUGGGAAUUUCGUGAUGGAGAAUUUAAACCGACAUUGGUUCUUUUGCGUAUCAAUAGAGCAGCCACCGUGUGUAGAUGGUCGCCCGAUGGGCAAAAGUUUGCAGUUGGGUCUAGUGACAGAAUCAUUGCCGUUUGUUACUACGAGGCUGAGAAUGAUUGGUGGAUUUCUAAACAUUUGAAAAAGCCCAUCAAGUCAACAAUCACCACUUUGGACUGGCACCCUAAUGGGGUUUUAUUGGCUAGUGGAUCUACUGACGGACACGUGAGAGUGUUCAGUGGAUACAUUAAGGGAAUCGACAAUAAGCCCGAGCCAAGUGUAUGGGGCACAAAGUUGCCUUUCCAAACAUUAUGUGGUGAUUUCACUAACGAAACAUUAGCUUGGAUUCAUGGUGUCAAAUUUAGUCCCAAUGGCGAUGCGUUAGCAUGGGUAGCACAUGACUCUUCAAUCGGCGUUGUAUACCCUCAAGGCGAAGGUUUAGCUCCCAGAUCCAUUUUGAACGUUAGAACCAACUAUUUGCCCUUUGAAUCGGUUGUUUGGGCCUCGGAUAACUCGAUUGUGGUUGGAGGGUUCAACUGUAAUCUAGUUGUGUUCAAGGGUGAUGAGUCAAACUGGCAAGAAGCAUACCAAAUCGAAGAGCAGAAAGAUUUAACUAAAGAGACACCAAGAAAUCGUAAUAACAACAACAAUGAUGAUAAUGAUGACGAUGACCAGGAAAUUACUUCUCACCAAGCUUUGAACAUGUUCAAGCAAAUGGAUUUGAAAGGUAGAGUCAACAAGCCAAGCAUGGGAAGUUCUACUGGCAAAGCUGCAAAGGCAUUGAGCACCAUUCAUCAAAAUACAAUCGUCAGUAUCAAGAACUUUGCCAAUGGCCAAGUAUCUACAUCUGGAAUAGAUGGAAAAGUAGUUAUAUUCAAUGUAUAA